AUGGGAGAAUCACAAGAUAACAAGACGGCGGAACAGAAGAUACUGAAAUGGGGUGAGUUGUCGAGAAGUGAGGGUUACGAUUAUCACGAUGCGCUAGCCUCCAAGAUAAUGAAUCUCGAGGAGGUCACGAUUGCACCUACUGGAGAGGCUUCAGCAGUGUUUACUUUUGUGGUCCCUAAGACACUAUGCAAUUCUGGUGGUAACCUUCAUGGCGGUGCUGUCGCAUUGAUCUUCGACAUCACAACAUCCAUCACCAUUGCGGCUAUGAGUCGCGAAGGGUUCUGGGAUGGUGGUAAUGUUUCUCGUACUCGUAAGUAUAACUUAUAA